UCCGUGUCCAACGCCAAAUGCAGCAGCUUCGACUCCUCGUGUGUGUCUACCUCACGCUGGACGUCGCUGCCUUGGCAUUUGGUCUCUGCACGUUCAUUGCAAGUCGCGUCUUUUGGCCCAGCAUCUACUUGCACCGAGACGUCCUCAUGGCGCUCUCGGCCACCACGCUGGUUGUCGCUGGCGUCGGCCUCGUCCUCGGCCUGCGCCUCAAGCGCCACGGGUCCGUGCUGCCGCUGGCCGCCGUGCUUGCGAUUUGUAGCGCGACAAUGUAUGGCAUCGGCUUCCUCGUCUUCUUCAACACAAUGGACCGCGCGCUACUGGAGCUGGACGACGCUCUGUUCUUCCGUCGACCCGUGAGGAAUGCGACGAGGAACCCGUACCUCCACCAGUACGAUGUCUCGCUGACCAUGCCAGACCAAACUCCGUACCGCGCAAUCGACGAGGCGUACUGCAACACCGAAGGCAAGGUGUUUUGUGACACCCUGCCGAUCCGCGUGAGCCUUGCAAACGGCGGCGGUCUCGCCGACGAGAACGCGACCCGCGCAAGUGUGAGCGACCUCAUCACGUCGUCAUUACCACAGGUGCUAGAGGGACGCCGCGUGUCGCCCAACAUGACGCUGAACGCGUACUGUGCGAUGCGCCGAGAGACGACGAAAAACGAUGCAGGUAUCGAGGCCGCGUGCGCGGGCUGCGAGCGCAUCAUGGAAGCGACCAGUGACCCACUGCAUUUGGGGUCGGCGCUUCGACGGCUGUGCCCCAUGCGCGAAACCGACGCUGUGUUUGGAGCCUUUUGCACCAUGUACAUGAGCGACCGCGUCGAGAGCUACCAGCUGCACUACGAGCCGGGCCGAUGGUACCGGUACUACGGCUUGCGCAGUCUGGCCACGAUGCCCUAUGGCUGCUACAGUGCGCUCGCGCGGGACGCGGAACGCUACGUCUUUCCGAUGCAAAUGAUCGCGACCAUACUUGCGGGCAUCACGACGACCAUGGCGAUUGGUCUAUGGCAAUGGCAGAAACGCCGCUUUCUCUUGGUCACUGCCGACGCCGACGACUAUGUCCUCGCGUACUACGAAGGCGUGGCGACACCGUCCGAGCAUCGCGAUUGAGCGUUAACAGUGUAAUGCAAAUGACGUGUCGUUUGUCGUCUA